CAACAGAGUGUCCUGUUAAGAGGAGGCAUGUUUUCACCUUGAGUAGAAACUCUUGGUUGAUGCUUAUGAGUGUUGCCUUGUUUUGCAGUUCUCUCGGGAGUUUUAUCUGGAGCUCGCUGUGAGAGGUCAUCGCAGCUUUAACACUACUGAAGCAAAAUAUGGAAUGGGUUUCACUGGUGACUGAAUCCAGCCAAACAAACAGUAUUGACAGUAGCUUGAAAAUCACCAGUUAGCAGUUUCUUCACGCUCCAACACUGCACAGCACUUUCCAGAGAGAACUCAUUGUGUGCAAGAAAUCUGCUUUACAAAUCUGUCCUGGUACCCUGCAGCUUUGUCUGGUUAAACACUUACAGAAGGCGAAAGAGAACCCGGAGAAACAUGGAGGAAUACCUGUGGAUGGUUAUUGUCGGUUUUAUAAUUGCUUUUAUUUUGGCAUUCUCGGUUGGGGCAAAUGAUGUUGCCAAUUCUUUUGGUACUGCCGUGGGCUCUGGCGUGGUUACUUUGCGCCAGGCCUGCAUUCUUGCUUCAAUUUUUGAAACGACUGGCUCAGUGUUACUAGGAGCAAAAGUAGGCGAAACGAUUCGUAAAGGUAUCAUUGAUGUGAACCUGUACAACAGCACUGUGGAACUACUGAUGGCAGGAGAAGUCAGCGCAAUGGUUGGCUCUGCUGUUUGGCAGCUGAUAGCAUCGUUCUUGAAGCUCCCGAUCUCUGGAACUCACUGCAUUGUCGGUGCCACUAUUGGAUUCUCAUUAGUUGCAAUCGGCACAAAAGGAGUUCAAUGGAUGGAGCUUGUCAAGAUUGUUGCUUCUUGGUUUAUCUCCCCAUUGUUAUCUGGUAUGAUGUCUGGUGUGCUGUUUCUGCUGAUUAGAUUCUUCAUCUUAAAUAAGGAAGACCCUGUGCCCAAUGGUCUUCGAGCCCUUCCAGUCUUCUAUGCUGCUACAAUAACAAUUAAUGUAUUCUCUAUAAUGUAUACAGGUGCCCCUGUCCUAGGAAUCGUUCUUCCUAUGUGGGCAAUAGCGCUAAUAUCAAUUGGUGUAUCAGUAAUAUUCGCUAUCUUAGUCUGGAUAUUUGUGUGUCCGUGGAUGAGAAGAAAAAUAGCAAGUCGGUUAAAGAAAGAAGGGGCAUUAUCAAAGAUAUCUGACGAAAGCCUUGACAAAAUACAAGAUGAGGAUACACCUGUCUUUAAAGAACUUCCUGGUGCCAAAGCAAACGAUGAAAGUACUAUUCCUCUUACUGCCUCUGGAACAGAAGAGGCUGGUGUAUCAGAUAAUAUCGCAAAUGGAAGCCAUCCACGUGUGCCAUAUGGAAGAGCAUUUUCAAUGACACAGAGUAUGGUGAAAUCUCCAAUUUCCAAUGGCACCUUUAAUUUUGACGGGCACAUGAAGAGUGAUAUUCAUGUGUAUCACACUGUGCACAAAGACUCGGGAUUGUACAAAGACUUACUGCACAAAAUACACCUGGACAGAGGCAGCGACAACCGGCCUACGCAAGAAAACAACUACAAACUGCUGCGGCGCAACAAUAGUUACACUUGCUACACAGCUGCCAUCUGUGGGAUGCCAGUGCAUUCGUCCUUCAAGGCGGCUGAUACGUCAACCCCAGAAGAUAGCGAAAAGCUAGUUACAGACACGGUUUCCUAUUCCAAAAAGAGGGUUCGAUACGACAGCUACUCCAGCUACUGCAACGCCGUGGCAGAAGCAGAAAUUGAAGCGGACGAAGGUGGCGUGGAGAUGAAGCUGGCAUCUGAAUUAGUAGAUCCUAGCCACCCCCCUGAAGACCCCGCGGAGGAUGAGAGAGAUGAGAGGGACUCCUCACAGGUUCACCUGCUUUUUCACUUUCUCCAGAUCCUCACAGCUUGCUUUGGAUCGUUUGCUCACGGAGGCAAUGAUGUCAGCAAUGCUAUUGGUCCCUUGGUUGCCCUCUGGCUUAUUUAUGACAAGGGUGGCGUACUGCAAGAAGCUCCUACCCCCAUAUGGCUGCUCCUUUACGGGGGCGUUGGCAUCUGUGUGGGCCUCUGGGUCUGGGGGAGAAGAGUGAUCCAAACAAUGGGGAAAGACCUCACACCCAUCACGCCGUCAAGUGGAUUCACUAUUGAGUUGGCUUCGGCGUUCACAGUUGUGAUAGCUUCCAAUAUUGGACUUCCUGUCAGUACUACACACUGCAAGGUUGGUUCUGUGGUGGCAGUCGGCUGGAUACGCUCCAAGAAGGCUGUUGACUGGCACCUCUUCCGCAAUAUCUUUGUCGCCUGGUUUGUGACUGUCCCCGUGGCUGGCUUGUUCAGCGCUGCCAUCAUGGCACUCUUCAUGUACGCCAUCCUGCCGUACGUCUGACAUCGCUGCUCCUUCCAUGGAAGAAGGGGGGGCCUCUGAAGAAGCAAAGGUCUCCCCUCCAGAGCGCAGAGCUCCCUAUUUAAACCAUGCAGUAAGAGCUGAUCAGCAAGGAUUUGUCAUCAGAAUCUAACAUCUGCUGUACAUAACAUCUGUGUCAUUGGUGACAUAACAUGUGGUGCCGUUUCCUUAUGUAUUAAAGAAAUAUAUAUAUAUGCUUACAGUAGGUAACACUACCUUAAGUUAUAAGUGAGGUGAAAAUAAUUGCCUAGAACCUAAUCCCUAGUAAAACUUGUACAUAAUGUAUCAUUCAGUAGCCAUUUUUUAAAUCUUUUAAAAGAACCUGGGAUGUGUUUGUCAGUUUGAUAAAUGAUGAAGCAAAAAGAUGAGAUUCUUUUUUUGUAAAAAAAAAAAGUGCUGUUCAAUGAUACUGGAAGCAAAGUGCAGAGGUACAUUGGCAAAAACUCGGUUCAUAUCAUAUUGUUGUGUAUAAUACUGUAUGAACAUUGAAUUUGUAAAUACUUACAAAAAUGUAACUUUUUAAUGGUGCAUUUCCCUCAUAUAUUUUGGAUAAGAAAGUUUAGAAAGUACCAAAGAAGGGGGAAUAGCUUGUCAGUAUUAUAUUUGUCUAUCUGUGUGCUGUUUCUCUCUCUCUCUCUCUCUCUCUCUCUCUCUCUCUCUCUCUCUCUCUCCUCACCUGCAACCCAUUUAACUUUCUAAUUAAAGUUAUUUUCUACCAGUCAGCCACCAGCAAAGCCAGGAUAGUAUCGCUCAUGUUUUACUGUAACAGGUAAAGUGUCGUACUGCUGCGGUCUUACGUAAAAAAUAUCAUCCACAGAGGAUUUUAGU